AUGGGAGCAACAUCGGCCAGCGGUGCUUGCACUGGCCAAUGCUCUUCGCCCAGUGUAGGAGCUUUGAAUACCUUGGUCAGCUUGUUGGUGGAGAGUCUGCUAACGGCUCAGUGUGAGAUCUCACCAAAGGAAUUAUGGCCCCAAGAUUAUGCUGAGGAAGCUUUGCAAAAUGGCUUGGAGACCUAUGACUUUGUGGUGGUAGGUGGAGGUUCAGCAGGUUCGGUGGUGGCCAGUCGGCUGAGUGAGAAUCCACAGUGGAAGGUUUUGGUUUUAGAGGCAGGCAAUGAUCCGCCGCAAGAAUCGGAGGUACCCUUUUUGUUGAAUAGCGUACAGGGUUCCAACAACACCUAUCUUUAUAUGGGAGAAUCAAAUGGCCAUUCUUGUAAAUCUUCCCGUCAAGGUCGUUGUGGCUGGAUUACCGGCAAAUGUUUGGGAGGCUCGGGCGCCAUUAAUGCCAUGCUGUAUUUUCGUGGCACGCGUGGCAAUUAUGAUGAAUGGUGUUCCAAGGGCUGCACAGGCUGGUGUCACAAGGAUGUCUGGCCUUAUUUUCAAAAAUCCUUUCAAACUCCAGCAAAUCACAGCCUUCCCCAAGGCCAUAUAAGCCUUAAUGCCUAUGGCAGCUAUGCUGAUGAUCUGAUCGAACUCUUUUUCAAAGGCUCCCGAGAAAUGGGAGUGCCUCGCAUAAAAGACUUUGUGGAGGGUAGUUACAUAGGCUAUGCCAAGUUUCGGGGUACUGUGGAGAAUGGGCAAAGAGUGAGCACUGCAAAGGGUUUUUUGGGAAGAGUGGCUGACUCCAGGCCCAAUUUGAAGGUUAUAAAAAAUGCCUUUGCUACCAAAUUGGAGUUCAAUGAACAAGGUGAUCGUGUACAAGCGGUAGAAUUCGUUUUGCAAGGCCAUACCCCCAUGAAAGUCAAUGUAGGAAAGGAGGCCAUUUUAUCCGCAGGAACUGUGGAAUCCGCCAAGCUGCUCAUGUUAUCGGGAGUGGGUCCCCGUUCUGCAUUGGAGUCAGCAAAUAUACCAGUGCUUCACCAGCUGCCUGUGGGAGAAAAUCUCCAAGACCAUGUAGCCAUACCCAUAUUUUUUUCCAUACCCGGCCCUCUCACCCAGUUGGAUACCGCGGAUAUUUUUGAAUAUUUAAAAUAUCAAAGCGGACCCUUAAGCUCCAUAGGAACUGGAACUCUAAAUGGUUUCAUAAAGACCGAUAAGAAAUCCAAAGGUCCCUAUCCUGAUAUACAACUUCAACAUCAUACAGUUAGGCGUGGCGCCCCCAUGGGCAUGGGUUUUCUGGGAGGCUUUGGUGCCACCGAAGAAUUGAAAAUCUUUUUCCAGGACUUGAUAAACAAAGGAGAUGUGGUCAUGGUAUUUGUUAUACUAGCUCAACCGGAAUCCAAAGGUCUUAUUAAAGUGAAAAGUUCUUCGUAUCAGGAUGCUUUACACAUAGAACCCAAUUAUCUAUCGAAUCCUAAGGAUAUUGAAGGCCUAUUGAGAGGUGUUAAAUAUCUAAGGGAUCUAGAAAGGACCUCAGCUUUUCGACAGAAAAAAGCCAAAAUAGCUCUAGUUCCCAUUGAAGAUUGUAAGCAGUAUUCCCCGGACUCUGAAGAAUUUUGGCGUUGUUAUAUUGGCUACUAUUCAUCGACCAGCAGCCAUUUGGUGGGUACUGUAAAAAUGGGUUCGGUGCAAGAUGAAAGUGCCUGUGUGGAUCCUAGACUUAGAGUUAAGGGUGUUACAAAUCUGCGGGUUGCUGAUGCCUCAAUAAUGCCUAGAAUUACCAGCUGCAAUACUUAUGGUCCCACCAUAAUGAUUGGUGAGAGGGCAGCAGAUUUUGUCCAAGAGGAUUGGAAUAUUCAGAAAUGAUAAAAAAAUUG